CCCCCGCGGCCCUUCGCCCUCUCCCGGCGGAAGCCUGACCCUGCAGCCCAGGCCAGCGCGCACCGCCCGCGCCGCGGACCCGGCUACCAGGAUCAUGCGGUACAUCAGCACUCGGGGGAUGGCCCCACGGGUCGACUUUGAGGGGGCCCUCUUCUCUGGCUAUGCUCCCGAUGGAGGUCUCUUCAUGCCCAAGGAGCUCCCACAGCUGGGCAUAGAGACCCUGCGUCACUGGAGUACGCUCUCCUACCCCAGCCUGGUUAAGGAGCUGUGCACCCUCUUCAUUGGUCCUGAGCUCAUUCCAAGAGAUGUCUUGAACGAUCUGAUCGACCGAGCCUUCCGCAGAUUCCGUCACAGAGAGGUGGUCCAUCUGUCCAGGCUGAGGAAUGGGCUGAACGUGUUGGAGCUGUGGCAUGGGGCCACGUACGCGUUUAAGGACCUGUCUCUGUGCUGCACAGCUCAGUUCCUGCAGUACUUCCUGGAGAAGGAGAAGAAGCACGUCACUGUGGUUGUAGGAACAUCUGGGGACACAGGAAGUGCUGCCAUUGAGAGUGUUCAAGGAGCAAAGAACGUGGACAUCAUCGUUCUGCUGCCCCAGGGUCACUGCACGAAGAUCCAAGAGCUCCAGAUGACCACGGUGGUGAGGGAGAAUGUCCAUGUGUUUGGAGUGGAGGGCAACAGCGACGAGCUUGAUGAGCCAAUCAAGGCCGUGUUUGCUGACGUGGCUUUUGUCAAGAAGCACAAUCUGAUGAGUCUGAAUUCCAUCAACUGGUCCCGGGUCCUCGUGCAAAUGGCCCACCACUUCUUCGCUUACUUCCAGUGUGCGCCAUCCUUAGACACGCACCCCCUGCCCCCCGUGGAAGUGGUUGUGCCAACAGGGGCUGCCGGUAACCUUGCAGCUGGGUGCAUUGCUCAGAAGAUGGGCCUGCCCAUCCGCCUGGUCGUGGCAGUGAACCGUAAUGACAUCAUCCACAGGACUGUGCAGCGGGGAGACUUCUCUCUGUCCAAGGCUGUCGAACCAACCUUGGCAUCAGCUAUGGACAUUCAGGUGCCCUACAACAUGGAGAGGAUCUUCUGGCUGCUGUUGGCCUCUGACAGCCAGAGGACAAGAGCCCUCAUGGAGCAGUUUGAAAGGACCCAAAGCACGAGUCUACCCAAGGAACUGCACAGCAAGCUUUCGGGGGCCAUGACGUCUGAGUCGGUGUCGGAUGAAGCCAUCACCCGGACCAUGGGUCGCUGUUGGGAAGAAAACCACUAUCUGCUGUGCCCUCACUCGGCCGUGGCCGUGAGUUACCAUUACCAGCAGACGAACAGGCAGCAGCCCAGCCUUCCCCGGUGCUGUCUGGCCCCCGCCUCUGCAGCCAAGUUCCCAGAAGCUGUCCUGGCUGCAGGGCUGACCCCAGAGACCCCUGAGGACAUCCUAGCCCUGGAGUUCAAGGAGACGCGCUGCACUCCGAUGCGGAAGGGUGACGACUGGACGCUGAUGCUUCGGAACACCAUUGAGGGCCUGAGCUGGCAGCAGAGGGCUCAGUCCUGAAUGCUCCGGAAUAGCCAGGCUGGAUUUGACUUGAGUCAAGUUGCCCUGUUGCUCUUGUAUCAGGGUCCCCUGUUCUAUGAACCCAGGGCAGGUAUCACAGCACCACUAAAUAAAGUCCAAAUGCCUGCAUUUCCGUAGGUACCUCCGUAACCACGCUGCCCCGGAGAAGUCACACUGUCUUUUCCUCUGAAAAUAUAACUCACCCUCUCCCCUCUCCGUGCCUUCCACCCUGCCUUUGCCUCUGGGAGACUGUCCUUCUUUGAUGAGUCUUGGUCGCUGCAAAUUGUUUACUGCCAAGUUGUCCCUCAUGAGCCCAGAUGGAAAUAAGGGCUCCUGAUCCUGGCAGAACAUCAAUGGUAGCUUUCCUAAGGCGUGUGUUCCCUUCUACCCUGUUUUAUUCGCUCCACAUUAGACAUUACCUCCCCGUCUCAAAGCUUCUCGAAGACAAGAACCACUGUUUAACACAACGGGCUGAAACCUUUUGGGUUUGCCCCUAUUGAUCAAAACAUUUUUAAAAUUUGUUCUCCCGACAUGUGUAUACUAAAUUACAUAUAAACUACACAAACCAUAUGCUAAAAUAUGAAUGAAGGGCUAAUGAUAAAAGCCUACAUUGACCUUUCCUCCCCAUACUCCAGUGCCUUGUCUUGUGGACCCAUCUUUGGCAGUCCUAACUGAGCUUAGUGUCUGGUGCAUUCCGUAACCAGCAGGAACCAGCAUGCCUGUGAUUCCCCAUCUGCCCGAUGACUGUGUGAUGGUUCUCAAAGUGUGGCCCUUGGGUCUCCUCAAAAUGCACACUUCUGGCCACCUUCACAGGUGAAUCUCUGGGUAUGGGAUGGACAUCAUCUGCAGUUCUUACAAAUUCCCUGAGUAAGUCUUCCGUGUGCUCUAAUUUGGGAAACCCUGGCUGGGGAGUUUAAGGUGAUAAGUAAUUUCUUGUUUAUCAAUUAUGAGGUGCACUUUAUUUUCACGAGGGCAUGCUUUAUGGCUCCUACUGUUUCCAUAAUCUAGCCUUGCGCUGUCGAAUUCAGUAGUUACUAACCACGUGUGACUCUGAGCACUUGAAAUGUGAAUAGUACAACUAAAGAACUGAAUUUUUA